CGUCGUCCCUUGAAGCUCGAGCCCGAAACGCCCUCGGAGACAUGGAGGUGUUUCAGCGAUUGGCACAUCAUCGCGGCUCCGACAAGUGCCGCGACACCUGUCUCCAGGGAGACUGUUUCGAAGAUGCCUUCGAGCUCAAUGCAAGUGCGACGGUAUGGUGUGCGUGGAAGUGCGUUCGUCAUUUCCUGCUGAACUCGCGGUGGGACUUGGAGGGCAAAGCACUCUGGGACGUGUCGUGGUAAUAAGAGACCUGGAAUCUCCUGGAAUACUGCUUCUCAAGCAAACCAACAGUUGAUUCCGAGCGCAUCAGAGGUCUACAUGGGUGAUAGGUGUUGCCAAGAAAACAUUUCCCAUUCAAUUAGAGGCGGGGAGUUGUCCCCGCUCGAGAAGCGGAGAGUCUUCCCCGCUGCUCCCAUGCUACAAACCGAGGCUAUGCUCUCACACUCUGAGAGACUGGCGGGUAUAAAACACGGGGGUGCUGCACGGCUUUCCUCAACCGAUUCUACAGAUGCUUUUCCAGAUCGUAUUCGGUGCUCUUUUCCUCCUCCGCGGAACGCACGGCGUCUUUAUCGAGGGUGCCGGCAAUAUCAACGGGGCUCCCGGCUGCAUCGCCGCCACCUCCAACUCCGAUGGUGCGGCUCUUGUCCUCGAGACCUGUGACACCACCAACAACCCGGCCAACGAGAACUGGGAACUCGGUUUCUUCACCAAGUUCGAUGCCGGUCCCCAGCCGAUCAAGGUGUUCGGCGACAAGUGCAUCGACGUCACGGACGGCGUUGUGGCGAACGGCACCAAGUUGCAGAUCUGGACGUGCGUGGACGGGAGCGCGAACCAGCAGUGGAUCUCCGUGAAAGACAGCACCCUGCGCCUGAACGGCACGAACAUGUGCAUCGACUGGACCGGCGGGAGCACCACCCCGGGCACCCCGCUGCAGCUCUGGACGUGCGCGUUCCGGAACACGAACCAGAUCUGGGGCGGCCACGCCGAGUCGCGCGCCUCGGGGAGCAUCCUCGCCACCGUCAUCUCGCACUCGCCGACGGACAACGUCGCGCACUGCAUCGCGGCUGAGUCCGACGCCGACGGCGCGGCGGUCGUCAUCGCGGGCUGCGUCCAGGUCAGCAUCACCGACCAGCUUCCGAACGGGAACAACACGUGGACCGCGCCGACGGCGGGGUUCACCGGCCCCAUCACGACGUACGAUAACAAGUGCCUCGACGUGACUGACGGCUCAGCCGCCAACGGCACGAAGCUGCAGAUCUGGACGUGUGUUCCCGGGAGCAAAAACCAGAUGUUCACGAACAAUGGGAACCAGCUCGUGUGGGCCGGAACGAACCAGUGCGUAGAUCUGACAGACGGAAACCUCGAGGGUUUCAACCAGCUCCAAAUAUGGGGCUGCAAUCCCAUCUCUGGAGAUAACAACAACCAAGUUUGGAUAGUCACUGGGACCGACUUGUGAUGCGCUGGAGCUUGCACGCACAGUAAUGACGGACAAUGUACCUAAAACUUACCUGAAUCUCCACUAAAUCGGCACGAAAUCCCCAGCAUACACAAUCUUUUCAAAUUUCGCGGAGCCCAUUGAUAUUUUGUCAAAACUAGAUGAAAACUUGGACACGACUUCAUGGAAACAUGACUCAAAAAGCAUUGACUGUCCCCGUCGACGGAGAAACGGCGAUUGUGCCCCAGGGAGCAGCCCCGUUCACCCCUUCUGUGGUGACGGCCGUCCAGGACGAGCUGUUGUAACCGGGAGUUUGGAACCCGGGCGGAAGUGACGCAUUUCCCGGCCACAGCCAGGAUCCAUCGCUGGCAAGGUACGCUUCACCGGUGCAAUUGCACGACGUCUGCACGAGGUUGAUCUCCGCCGCGAAAAUGACGCCCGCGGGGUUCGGGACGGUGAGGAUGUUGGUCGCCACCACGGCGAAGACGACCUGCUGCGCGGCGCCGAGGUUGAUGCUCCAG